AUGGGAUCAUCAUCCAAUCCUCUUGUGCUAGAACCAGCGACAAUCCAAGACGUCCAUGGUAUCACUGAGGUAUGGUUCGCUUCCUUUACACAGCCGGUGAUCGGGCAAAAUUUCCCCAACACCCCCGGUAUGCGCCAAUGGCACCGGGAUUGGCACAUGGCGGAUAUUCAAAAGUCCCACUGCAGAUACCUGCGAGUAGUUGACCCCGAGUCGAAAGAUGAGCAAGGCCGACCGUGGAUAGUUGCCUUUGGCAAAUGGGACCUGGCCAUGCCUGAUGAGCGAGGUCGUCGCUUUCCGAUUUGGCAUGCGGACUCGCCUUACGAGCAAUGCGAGGCUUUCAUUACAGAACUGGAGCAGGCGAGGAAACGCGUCAUGGGUGACGAGAAACAUUACUACCUGGAUACCCUUGGUACUCAUCCUGAUUAUCAGCGGCGCGGAGCUGGCUCUAUGCUUGUCCAGUGGGGCUGCGACCUGGCAGAUAAGGAUGGUGUUGCGGCCUACGUGGAUGCUAGCAAGGAGGGCGUAUCGCUUUACCAGAAACAUGGCUUCGUGGAUUUCAAUCCACCCGAUGCGGAUGUGGCUGCGAUGGCUCGCCGUAAGGUGGCUCCGAGCGAUUACACUUAA